AUGGUGGGAGUUCCACAUAGUACAGGCUGCGCCCUGUGUCGCGAGCGACGUAUCAAGUGCGAUGAGGCAGUGCCAGAGUGUAGCCAAUGCCGAAGAUAUGGUCGUGCCUGUCCGGGGUACAGACGGACCUUCCGCUUCCAAGAUGAAGGUCCUAAUCUCGCGCGUCGACAUCGUUCUGCGCGGCAGAAGGGGAGAGACGUCUCAGCUGGACCAUCUGCAUCGGCAUUGCCCACCGCCCCGUCUACGGCUGUUGCUACAGACUCGACUACAGGUUCAAGCCAAAGUGAGCCGCCUGCCGCACGCGAUGACUCCACCGCCGCUGCGGCUGUAGUACGCAGCAAUGCCAUUGCCCUAAUGCACCAACACUCUGCAUCAGGCGUCUGGGAUGAAAAACUGUCCCCGUCUUUGGUUCGCAAAUCCCUGCGCGCAGCUCAGCCGCAACUAUUUCUCAACUUCAUCAGCACCUCAUUUCCAACACUAUACUACCAUAACCGGUUCCGAUCUGGCGGUGCACCUGGGUUUGCAGAGCAUAUCGUCAUGAGCUUCGGGCAGGAUACCUAUCUCGAUUCCGCAGUUUGCUGUCUGGGGUCUUUUUAUCUAGCAUAUCUAACCAACGACCAAGCACUCUACAAAGCCAGUCGACAGAUGUACUCGCAAUCACUGAGAGAGGUCAUCCGCGCCAUAUCCAAAGUCGAACAUGCGAAGUCCGACAGCAUGCUUUGCACGGCUAUCAUCCUCAGCGUCUUUGAGAUGUACGCACAGACUACACCGGACGCCUGGGUCGCGCAUUCUGACGGCGCGAAGCGGCUGAUGAUAAGCCGGGGUCCGGAGGCACACGAGUCUGGGUUCGGGAGGUAUUGUUGGAUUGCUUUUCGUGGCUUUCUGAUUGCUACAGCCGUCUACACGGGUCAACCCUGUUUUCUGGAUGAGGAAGGGUGGCAAGCCCUGGCGACGAAAGUGAGGACUGAGGAUUGUCAGAAGUCUGGCGAGUGGUCUGCUUACGGGGAAAUAUCGGACCUUGUCUUCAUGGAGAUUGUCAAAUGUCCGCGGUACAUCAGCGAGACCCGUGACCUCCUUUCUGUGGCAGAACCAGACUCUCAGGCUGUGAUAGCCCUUCUCGGACGUAUACAGGACACUUUCAGUCGGCUGCGCUCGCUCGUCGUCGAGCUUCGGUCUUGUAUCACCGCCCACAGUGAGCGUCAGCAGGGUAUUGUCCAGCGUCCCGGGUCCUUCGUUGGCCCUGAGCCAGAGUCCUUCCCCGACACCGGCCCAUCUUUGCUUCUCAGCGGUGCCGAAAGCAUGCUGCAAACAUUAGAGCAGUUGUCCAGCCGUCUCCAGGGUCUAUUUCAAGUCACCGAACCCUCUUCUGAAUCACAUAUCGACAUCCCACCAAGCACUGGUGGUGGAAUCGGAGAGAUUUCCAGUUCAUCUUCAACUGCUGUUACCGAAAGCUUAUCCCUCCCAUUCCGCAUUCACUCAGAGCUUGGACAGGGCCCGAAACGGACUUCUGAUCCGCAUGAUCCUCGUGCGGUUAUCUGGCUGGAUCGAAUCGCGUCGUCGAUGGGUGUCAUCGGCGCAAAGGUCCUCCCAGCCGAUAAUUCUGCUUCCGUAUGA